AUGACAAAUAUGGUUCGAUGGCUCUUCUCUACUUACCACAAGGAUAUUGGGACUCUCUAUUUCAUCUUCGGUGUCAUUGCAGGAGUGAUGGGCACAUGCUUCUCCGUACUGAUUCGUAUGGAAUUAGCCCGACCCGACGAUCAAAUUCUUGGUUGGAAUCAUCAACUUUAUAAUGUUUUAAUAACGGCUCAUGCUUUUUUAAUGAUCUUUUUUAUGGUUAUGCCGGCGAUGAUAGGUGGAUUUGGUAAUUGGUUUGUUCCGAUUCUGAUAGGUGCACCUGACAUGGCAUUUCCACGAUUAAAUAAUAUAUCAUUCUGGUUGUUGCCACCAAGUCUCUUGCUCCUACUAAGCUCAGCCUUAGUAGAAGUGGGCAGCGACGCUGGGUGGACAGUCUAUCCGCCCUUAAGUGGUAUUACCAGCCAUUUUGGAGGAGCAGUUGAUUUAGCAAUUUUUAGUCUUCAUCUAUCAGGUAUUUCAUCAAUUUUAGGUUCUAUCAAUUUUAUAACAACUAUCUUCAACAUGCGUGGACCUGGAAUGACUAUGCAUAGAUUACCACUUUUUGUGUGGUCCGUUCUAGUGACAACAUUCCUACUUUUAUUAUCACUUCCGGUACUGGCGGGGGCAAUUACAAUGUUAUUAACCGAUCGAAACUUUAAUACAACCUUUUUUGAUCCUGCAGGAGGGGGAGACCCAAUAUUAUACCAGCAUCUCUUUUGGUUCUUCGGUCAUCCAGAGGUGUAUAUUCUCAUUCUGCCUGGAUUUGGUAUUAUUAGUCAUAUUGUAUCAACCUUUUCAAGAAAACCGGUCUUUGGGUAUCUAGGCAUGGUUUAUGCCAUGAUAAGUAUAGGUGUUCUUGGAUUUCUAGUUUGGGCUCAUCAUAUGUUUACUGUGGGCUUAGACGUUGAUACGCGUGCCUACUUCACCGCAGCUACCAUGAUCAUAGUUGUGCCCACAGGAAUCAAAAUCUUUAGUUGGAUCGCUACCAUGUGGGGAGGUUCGAUACAAUACAAAACACCCAUGUUAUUUGUUGUAGGGUUCAUCUUUUUGUUCACCAUAGGAGGGCUCACUGGAAUAGUUCUAGCAAACUCUGGGCUAGACAUUGCUCUUCAUACCAGCAUAAUCAUUCUCCCAGCAAUGCAACAGAAAGAGGGAUCAAGAACUGCUUAUUGUUAUGCUAAUAGCCUAACACACUUCUUGAUGGUGAAAUAG